CGCUGGAACAUACCCAGCAUUCUACUGCAACACCCUGCCUACCAGGUUGCUGAUAGCGAUAGGACCAGACAGUGGAUGAUAUGAGAGGUACAGUGAUGAUAAUCUGAACAUAGACAUCACCAGAGCGAGACUUCAGUACUGGUCUUCAAGGUCCAUCGCCAGUCUCAGUCCACCUUCGACCGGCCCGUGACCGGGCCUAGGUCCAGGGGUCCCAUCCCAUCACUGUUUGGAGGACAGAUUUUGUCAGAACAAGGUGGAGAUCUCUCUACUCUAGGAAAACGAAAUUGCUUGGACAAUAGACUCACCACGAAGAGAAAGAUCGAAGAUGGAAUAGCAACACCUGCUUCACCUAUUCACACAACAGAGCAUAAUAUUGAUAUCACUUCAGGCCACCUGCUAUCCAACCUGCAUGUGGCCCCAGUACGCCCAAGAGUACCACCCGGUAGAGCUACACGAGCUUAGCUUGGAAGAACUGACAGGAACACGCCCCUCUCACAGGGGCGCGUUGAUGUACCUGAAGCAAAAGGGGAUACCAGAAUACACAGUACAGUUCAAAGACACAGGCCCACAGAUAGGACACUUGAGGAAGCUAGUCAAGGCGAUCGAGCACGAUUUUUACACCGGUCCUGUGACCAGACACCCAGAGGUUCAACCACCACCUGGGAGGGGCGUACGACUAAGGCCAAGGGACAUCAUCGGAGGACCAUCGCAGAGUCAGAGGUACAAUUCCAGUAGACCCAUGGCGAGCCGCGAGCUGAUGACGGGGAGGAGGGAUGGUCGAGCGGCAGCUCUGUUUCAGAGAAUGAAGGACAGGUCUGAUCAGUAUGUUGUCGAAGAGUCUCCAGGACAAGGGUAUUACCAACAACAAGAUCCAUAUGGUGUAGACGCCACAGAUCGAGGGAAGCGGCCCUGGCAGAGGAGCCCAUGGGAGGAAGCUGCCGAACACCCUCUAGGUCUCCCAGAUAGGGCCUUCGAGCCGCCUGUACCCAAACCCAAACCAAAGCCUAAACUACAGAAUCCAGCCCAAGUCCAGAAACGAGGGCCGCCUGGUUACAGUCAGGUCGACUCCAUCCGCCAACGCCAACAGGCUCCCCUGAAGCCCGGCAACAAACCCGUCAAGAUCGGGUGCACUUGGAAGGGAGAGACGAGCAAAAUGAGGUUCCACUCUGGAGUCCAGCCCUACGAAAUGGACUUCAACCGGACUGCCCGCGGAUGGAGUCCCGGUCACAUUCAAACCGACCAUCACCGUGACAACUUCAACCAGCGUCCCACAUCUUGGGGCUACGAGGAGGAUCAAUAUUCUCCAGGAGGCCGUCAGAGAGCUGCCGAGGUUGCUCGGUCGAGGCAGAUCGUUGGGAACAUCGUUGGGCCAAGUUCUUGGGGAGGCGAGAGCGACGACUUAUAAUACUCUUGCUCUUAGUAUAGUCGAUUGAUUGAAACAUUUUUAUCGCCGUUGUUAUAAAUAAACCUUGUGAUGUCUCUCUUAUGGGAUUUGACUGUAGUGUUUGUUUAACUAGAUGAGAUAGACAGUUUUGGACUCUUGUGCGAAAAGUGCAAGACCCGUUUGAAUCGUCGGGAACUGACAAACUAUCAACAAAUUUAUCGGCGAUACAUCUUCCUGUCCCUUCACUCAGUCAUACUGGAGAAAGCCUGUUGUAGUGUUCUUCGAUAAACUUUACUUAAGAUUUGUUAAGAUGAUAAUGAUUUAAGUUCAAGAAUUAUUUUUAGUACAUUUAUGUAAACAACUCGAUGACAUUUACACAUAAAAAAAUGCUUACUAAACUUUAAUUUUCUUCUGGCAUUUUGUUCACAAAUGUCAAAUCAUCUUGCCAUGGGUUUUGUUUAGAAAUGUUUAGAAUUUUUGCCAAGAUUUUGAUGUCAAUUUGAAAUGCCCAAUGUCAUUAAUUGUGUAACAGCAAUUAAGAUGUUGAGCAACAACUGUGCGCUAAAAUGCCUUUGUACAAAACUAUUCAGAUUUCUUGAUGAAAAAGUAAAUCAAGAUUUUGAUGUAUGGAUGUAGCUUUUUCGUCCAGCAAAUAAAACUUAUGUAUAUUCUUAGUCUUACUAGUUUGGGUCAGAAAAAAAAGUUCGGUGGUAAAUCAUUGGACGGGUUGUUUGAAGAUAAAGAAAAAGUUGACAGCGACAUGAUACAUUUUUGGCAAGAGAUUAUCUGUAAAACUAAAAUAGAUGGAUGAUGAGAAGUGAACGGGAGCAGACUGAUUCGAACUUCUCAGCCAGUUGGCGUGGCUAUUUACAAGAACACCGGAAUAAAAAUGGAUGUGGAAAAUAUGACAAAUCAUGGGAAAUGGAUCAGCUGCCAUACCAAAUUUACAUGUAUGUUAUUGCGCAUUAUAGUGUGAGAAUAGGGACAAUUUGAAUCCUGAAAGUGCCACAGACAAUCAUUAACAUGUGGUAAAAGUUGAGGUAAAAAAAAACAUGGAUUAAAGGACAAUGUUGAGCAGGAAAGUUUCUAGAAAUACACAGAAUGCAAAUGAGUUGGUUAAACGUGUAGGAUUAAAGGUCACGGCACGCAGAGAACUUCACCUUUGUUGUUGGGCUGGACAGACUUGAUCGCCAAGGAAUGAAUACAAAUUGUGUACUAUUUUAGCAGUACUUAGAUUUUACAACUUAGUACUUAGAUUAAAAACGUCAAUUUAGGUAUAAACAUUGUAUUUAAUCAAAACUAACAGACUUGUGCUUGCAGUCAGUACGAAUAUGUUAAUUAUAAGCUUGUCGUUGAUAUAGAAUUUAUCAUCAAUCAAGCAAUUUACAACAUAAAAAAGACUUUUCGUUCACGAUAAAAUAUGCGGUGUCAAGGGUGAACCAACUUAAAUAAUAAUUAUUUAUUUACAUUUUUUCCUCUACACCGACUGUAUACAGGUGCCUCAUUUUUCCACACAGAAAAUUCUGUUUGCAGAUGCAAUAAACGAGCCUUUCGAAAUAAAUCA